GAAAAGCCCAAAAUCUUUGCAAGGCUCUUACGGAUGAAUAUAACAAAGCUUUGGAGAAGGUUGAUGUUUUGAUUAUGCCAACUUGCCAUUACAAAGCGCCGAAGCUACCAGCAGCAUCCCUGCUGGAUGAUGUAAAUGAGUUGCUGACAGAAGCAUUCAGUAUGGUAAGGAACACAGUUGCUUCAAAUUCCACUGGUCAUCCCUCGAUCUCGGUGAAUGCCGGCUUCUCAGAGGGUCUACCAGUUGGGGCCUUGAUUACGGGACGACAUCAUGAAGACGCCACUGUCCUGCGAGUAGCCAAGACUUUGGAGAGUGGACCUAGACCGUCAUAGACUCGCUGAAGUUGCCAGUGACA